AUGGGUGGUCAACUCUCCAAGAUGAUGGGCAAGAUCUUCGGGUCAAAGGAGAUGCGCCUGCUGAUGCUGGGCCUCGACGCCGCCGGCAAGACCACCAUCCUCUACAAACUCAAGCUCGGCCAGGACGUCACCACCAUCCCCACCGUCGGCUUCAACGUCGAGACCGUCACCUACAAGAACGUCAAGUUUAACGUCUGGGACGUCGGUGGCCAGGACAAGAUUCGUCCUCUCUGGAGACAUUACUUCAGCGGAACCCAGGGCCUGAUCUUCGUUAUCGAUUCGUCGGACCGCGCGAGAAUUGAGGAGGCCAAGUCGGAACUCCAUAGGAUCAUCAAUGAUCGCGAGAUGAAAGACAGUCUGCUGCUGGUCUUUGCGAACAAACAGGACAUCAACGGCGCUAUGAAGCCGCAAGAAGUCACCGAGGCCCUGUCUCUCUCCAAAUUAAAAGACAAGGUCUGGUAUGUCGUGCCCAGUUGCGCGACGACGGGUGAAGGCCUGCUCGAGGGCCUGGCCUGGCUGUCAAACAACGUUAAGGCACCCCCUGCUCCGGCCAAGAAGUAG